UUUUUUUUUUUUCCUCUCUUUUUUAAUAAUAAUAAAUGGAACGAUUACCAUUUGAAGUGAAUGAAAAUAUACUAAGUAGACUCGACAAAAAAGACUUGUGUUCCAUUGCACUUGUAAACUCAUAUUGGAGAUUUGUAUCAUACCAAGUGCUUUACAAGUAUCCCAAAGUGUUGACCAAGGAGCAAUUAUAUAAAUUUUCUACAAUUACUGCGUAUGCCCAAUCCUUUGUACGAGUGUUGAAUCUUACACCUGUACAUCAAUAUAUCACUGACAGAUUAUUUCAAGAAUCAUUACUACACUUGGAUCAUCUUAGACAGAUUCACCUUGAUCAAUGCACUCAUCUGUCUCCUUUUGUGAUUCAUUCACUUGUCCAAAAGAAUCUAAUGACGAUGGAUUCAUUAUCAUUAGCUGAUUGUAAAUUAUCCAAGGACAUCUUGGCCCUUAUUGGUAAAGCAUGUCAGUAUAGACUCACUAGUUUAGAUUUGAGCAACACUAUGAUUCAACCAUGCUUAUCCAUUGACAGUUCACAUCAUCUCGAAGACAUGCUCAGACUCUCUUCGUCACGGCUUCUCCAUCUUGAUCUCUCUUACUGUACCUGGGUUGAUAGUCUAACCGUCAAGAACAUUGCUCGUGGUCUGCCUAAGCUACAACGUAUUAUACUUCAAUGGUGUAGUCAGAUCAGAGAGGAUGCAAUCUUGGAUAUGGUUCAACAACUUAUUAACCUCACUACCAUUGAUGUCAGGAAUAUCGAAACCUUUGGAACGACUGAACAAAUUGAACACUUGAUGAGUAAAGGAAGCUCUUUGAAAAAGGUCAUGUUUACUUAUAAACGAUCUUGUGUUGUGCGGUGCCCCUCUUAUGAAUAAUUUUUAUUAAUAAAUAAACAAGAG